AGUUGGUUGAGGUGUCCUCACACACACACAUACACACACACGCACACACACACUCCGAGAAGUUUCAGUGGAAAGUUGAGCUUAAAUAAGAGCGAGUUGUUAAUUUAAAACAGGCGGCUUUUAGGCGUUAUUGCUGGUGUUCUCACACAGAAGCUGCUUGUUGUUGUUGUUGUUGUUGUUGGAGGCAGAAUGCGGCUGAGCUGGGCAUUUGUUAGAGUCUUGUUAUGGCUGUGUGUGUCGGAAUGGAGUGCAGUCACCGGCGCUUUCACACAGGCUCUGGACAGCGACUUCACCUUUACUCUUCCUCCCGGCCACAAGGAGUGUUUCUACCAAACCAUGAAGAAAGACGCCUCCUUGGAAAUUGAGUAUCAGGUCCUGGAUGGCGCAGGACUGGACGUGGAUUUCUACCUGUCCUCUCCCACUGGUCACAUUCUGGCCUCUGACUUCAGGAAGUCUGACGGAGUUCAUACAGUGGAGACCGAGGAUGGAGACUACAUGUUCUGCUUCGACAACUCCUUCAGCGCGGUGUCUGAGAAGGUUAUUUUCUUCGAGCUCAUUCUGGACAACAUGGAUGACGGAGAAGAUCCUGAGAGCUGGAAGGAGUACGUGCAAGGCGCUGACCUGCUGGACAUGAAGUUGGAAGACAUCAUGGACACGAUAAACAGCGUGAAGGCACGAUUAGGGAAGAGUCUGCAGAUUCAGACGGUGCUGAAGGCCUUCGAGGCGCGUGACCGCAACCUGCAGGAGAGCAACUACGAUCGCGUCAACAUCUGGUCUUUCACCAACGUGGUGGUGAUGGUGGUGGUGUCCUGCGUGCAGGUCUACCUGCUGCGCAGCCUCUUUGACGACAAGAGGAAAACUCGCACGUAACCUCUGCCAAACAUCUGGGAGGAGAAAUUCUGGGACUGAAAAGAGAAAUGUUCUCGUUUUCUCUCCAUCAUCAACCUUCUCCCUUCCUCUCCUCACCUUCACCUACUUCUGCCCACUCAAGCUGAGCCAAGAACACCCUGGUUUGUUUUCUCAGCCUAUAAAUUAAGAGACCCAGAUCUCUAAGCUGCUAUAGGUGACAGAUCUUACAAAAAAAGAAGGACAUUCAACAUAUUUUUAACUUAAACCAAGAAUUAACUGAUAUUGUUGCAGUUUCUUAUAUCAUCAUUUUUAAAGUAAAAUUCAUCAACUUGAUAACAACAAUGACUGUAGAGAUAUCACUGAGGCACUGACACACAUCUACACUGCUUAUAUAUAUUUUUUUCUUUUUUUCCUCAGAUCAGCAGAAUGAAAUAUGUUUAAUUUAGGGAAUAUUUUAUUGCAUAUUAAAUGGUUUUCCUGCUCCUGGCGAAACAAAAGACACUCAGCUGUGCCAGAACUUUACUGUACUUCACCUGCCUUGGUUUUUCCUGUAAGAUAUCCAGUGAAAUGUCUGCUGUAGAUGUGCUCUAUAAGAUUGAUAUCUGAGGAACCUGAGGAACUUAUCACAAUGCUGCUUAGAGGUAACAAAAAAAACCCAAAACAUGGCCAUGAUUAAAGACCUAAUGACAACGCUGCUUCUUCAGCGCUCCCCACUGUGUCAGCUGCCCUAAAGGACGAUGCCAAGGGCUGGUUUUGGCCCAGAAUCACUGUGGAGUAAAGCGAAAGGGAUCCUGCGUCUAUAAAUCACUACAGGACAGCGGAGCAGAUCACAUGACCUACAAGCUGUUCCUCUGGCCUCGCUGACCACAGCUCCAGUUGCAGCAAUGCAACAAGCAGCCGAGUGAGUCAGGCGUGACCUGGAGUGAUUUAUAGAAAGACAUUUCAGGCUUUGUAAUUUGUCCACAGGAUGUAUGAGCUCAGGCUUAGCUGAAAAGUCGACCUUGCGUGUCCAGCAUGAGAUAUGUCCAGCCUCUACGCACGCAUCCCGAGCGGAAUGAACGACGUGCUCGGAGACUACUAGUGAAAAGUUAGCAGAUGAAAUUGUCCUUCUGUGGCGUAUCUACACCAAAUAUUUUCAUUAACAGGAAGAUUAAUGAGUUGGGUUAUAAAACAUUAUAUCUUCUAAUGACCAGCUUAUAAAGUUCAUUUCUCUCACGACUUCGUACAAAUGAAUGCCUUUACUUUACUUUCCAUCAAACACUAAUUUAACCUCUUCCCUACACAUAUAACAGCUACCUUUAGGGUGUGUAUCUUUUUUGUUUUGUUUUGUUUUUUGUUGUCAUUUUAAGCAUGUACAUUGCCAGCUGUUUAAUACCUGACACCUGAUGAGUAUAUAAAGUUAUAUUGGCUCUUUAUCAGCAUUUAUGGAACCCUCAGGAAAUCUACUGCAUAGCAUAGAUAUGUUUUAAUGUGUAUUUGGAAUAUAAAAAAAAUCUCAAAAAUGCAUUGUUUGCCAUCUAAUAUAGUUUGUAUUACAAUGCUUUAUGCUAUUACUGAGCAGUAAUAUAAAUACUGGUCUCUAUUAGAGGUGUGCAUGAGACCUUUUGUUUUUUAUCUCAAUCCCACUUGCUGUUGCAGUUAAUAUUUUUGUUCAUAACUGCCUGCAAUAUGUUGGAUGAAUGGAUGAACGUGAUGAGCGCAUGACAAGAACCCACUCACCUCCCAUGUUAAUGAAUCUGUCCUUUUUGUCGCACAGGCGUCAUAUGUGACCGCCUGCUCCUGUUUGGUCCGGGAGGAUCCAGGUCCUGAUGCACACCUCUAGUCUAUAUGAUGAAUAAGAGAAAACAAAAACAUACUGAAAGAAGUUCCUCUAAAAUACCUGGAUUCAUAUUUGCCUUGGUGAUGUUUUAUUAAUAGCAUUGAUUGCUGUGAUGUACUGACUGUGCCAUUGAUGAGGUUUGUGAGUCUCAAAUCAAAGAGUUCAUACAGAAGUCAUUAAAAUUUUAAUUAUAGUAAA